AUGACACAGAAGUCUUCUAAGCGACAGCCCACUCGGUCAGAGGCAGGUUGCUUUUCGAGAACGGGCCUUCAAGAAAAAAUUGCAGAAAACCGUGAUGUCCCUUCGGAAGAGGAUAUUGACGACGACGAGGGUGCGCCGUUUCAGGAAGAAGAAAGUCCAGCCACAACACGAUAA